GGGGUUUGGUGGGAAGCAGCGCCUGAGAAGGAGGGAAGAGGCUCCUGAGGCCCCGUUUCUCCUUCCUGAGGCUGAGGCUCCGAGAGGAGUCCCGCUGCGCCUCGUUCCGAGCAGUCUCUGGAUGACGGUGCAUAACUUAUACAUCUUUGACCGCAAUGGCGUCUGCUUGCACUACAGUGAGUGGAACCGGAAGAAACAAGCUGGCAUUUCCAAAGAGGAGGAGUUCAAGCUGAUGUAUGGCAUGCUCUUCUCCAUCCGCUCCUUUGUUAGUAAAAUGAGCCCUGUGGAUAUGAAGGAUGGUUUCCUCUCCUUCCAGACCAGCAAGUACAAGCUGCACUAUUAUGAGACCCCCACAGGGCUGAAGGUGGUGAUGAAUACAGACUUGGGGGUGGGCAACAUUCGGGAUGUGUUGCACCAGAUCUACAGCUAUAUCUAUGUGGAGUAUGUCGUCAAAAAUCCUCUGUGCAACUUGAACGAGACCAUCCAGAGUGAGCUCUUUCGGAACAAGCUGGACAGUUUCAUCCGUGGCCUGCCCUUCUUCUCGGCUCGGGCAGGCUAACUUUCCCCAUUCUCAAAACUGUAUUUCCUGUGAUGUACAUAUGGAUUACCAUCAAGCAGAAAGCCUGGCAUGUUCUCGGCUGGCUGUGCCAGUGUCACUACGACAGUCCCCAUAAUGUACUUGGUAUUCAGAAACAGAAACUCUGAGCUUGGGACAGGCCUCCCCACCUCCUUCCCUCAACAUUGCUCAUCAGACCGUUUCCUCUUGCAAAGCCAUACCAUGACUGGUCACCUGCCUCUUGCAUUGCUUUCCCUUUCCUUUGACCCUUCCCCUUGGCAAGGACCUCAGGAUCUAUUCCGUGUUCUCUGGACCACUUUCCCCAUCCUACCUACAGUCCUUUGCUGGCCUAGACCUGCUAUAUUCUAUUUAUAGGGGCCCCUCUCUUCUUUGCUUCAUCCUCACCCCCUCUCCCAAUUCCUAUUUAUAGGCAGUCUCUUCUGCUUUUCCAGUUCAGUGCUGUUCCUCAUCCUGGGCAUGACAUCAAGCACCCCAGGGGCUGCUUGAGACAUAAAGAGGCAUUGCAGCAGCCUGUCUUUUCCAAACCCAUCUCUUCAAAAAGACGAGUUAGUGAUCUGGCUUCUCACUUCCACCGCUGAGAAGUACCAGCAAGCACAAAAUGGUCCAUACCUUUUUGCUAUGUUUUUUGUUGCUCUGUUUUGUUUCUGUUUAACUGUAUAUGACUUUUCUGAAGAAUCCAUGGAGGUGUCUACAGUUCAUGAGAGGAUUGGCUGACCUCUUACAGUCCUGGUCCUUGAGAACUGCUUUUCUAGUUUUGCUGGCUAGCUGUUGCCACUGCCCUCUAUAGUUUUUCUGUUUGCAGUGACUGCUAGCAUCUCUGUCACCGUUCUUUAGGAGUACAUCCAAGAAAACCUGUAUAGUCUGGGAGUCUGGGCCAUCUCAGUCCCAAUCCACAAGAGGCAAAAACCCAGUGAGGCAUAUUAAAAUUUUGGUUACAUGUUCCUACAUCACAGGGCAUUUGGGUGUGUGUGUGUUUUUACUUCCUUAGGCUUAAAUGUUCAGAAAACAAAAAGAAAAUUUGAAAAAAUGUUCAGCAUUUGAUUCUAGGCAAAAAAUUAAGUGCCUGAGUUAACUGCUGUUUUGCUUCUUUGUGCCAGAAGGCUAUAGAUGCAGCUGGUGGGUUUUUGGGUUUUUUUACAUUUUUUGGUUGCUCCAAGCAUCUUCUACUCUGGAACUUUUCUCUGAUUUGAGCUUAUUUCCAACCUCUUAAAUACAAGUAGAUCAGAAAUAAAGAUAUUGUGUCUCUUG